AUGGACACAGGCCAGACAUCUGCCCCCGCCGCCACCCAGCCAGUCGCAUCGCUCAAGAACAAGAAAGCCAUUUUUAAGCAACAGUCUCUUAGCUUAGACCAGGCUGUCUCUACGAUCUCUGAACGAUUAAACUUUCACACAUACCUCCAAUCCGUAACCGAACCUUUAAGCGAAUUUCCCGCGUCCCAUCUCCCGCUCAUUGCCAAGCUCAUACACGAAAGCGAAGAAACGUAUCACCACGCUGCUACCCGAGUACACAAGCUUUUGACAGCACAAGCUCCUUCCGCAAAUGCGACUGAAAACGGAGAUCCCGCACUCUCAAAACCCGUAGUUGAGGCUGCUAUCAAGAGAGUAGCUGAUCGGGUGAAUUGGGGUGUUGACAAUGGGGUUCCGGGGGCAACAUUGUGGAGGUUAGAAGUGAAGGAUAGAGACAUGGUUCCACCUGAGUUUAGAAAGGUUUGUGAGGAGCGAUGGAAGGAGCGCAACCAGGCUAAGACGGACAUACAAGCCGCCCUUGCCGCUCUUUCUGAACCCGACCGUGCCCAGUACUUGAAGUCCGGAGGGAAUGCGACCUCGGGGUUGGGGUCUGCGGAUAAGGAUGUUGUUAUGAAGUCACCAUCCAAGGCGGACAAAGAGAGUGAAGCCUCUACAAAAAAGAGCGCAGGCAAACCCAAGAAAGAGAAAGCAGUGGACGCAGAGGCUGCUGCUAAAGAGAAAGAGAAACAAGAGAAGAAGAGCGCAAAGAAGAGAAGGAGCGGAAGGUUGCCGAGUGCAGCGGCUUUUGCUUCCUUCUUCACUCCAGCCCGCCCUACGGUUGCUCGGGUUAAAACGACCGAAGAUGCAGAAGUCUCCGACUGGAAAAAGACGUUUUACCCUUUCAUAGUCAAGAAAGAUACAACCGUCGCGCCUAUAAACCGAUUCGCCACAAAUGCAGCUCAAGCCUCUGGCUCUGACAAUGCUCUUCAACAACUACUCGAGCAAUAUCGACAAAACCCCGACAAAACCGCAGACCGUCACGUCCACGACAAAACCUUGAAUAAGACCGUGCGACGCUUAACAAACCUAUUAAAGAAUCGUCGGACACUUCCUGCGAAAUUGUUUCACUUUCACGAGAACAAACGACCAGCCUACUAUGGUACUUGGACUAAAUCUUCUCCCCAUAUCGGCCCGCGAAAUCCGUUCGGCAAAGAUGAAACUCUUGACUAUGAUUAUGACAGUGGCGAAGACUGGGAGGAGGAAGGAGACGGCGAGGUAAUUGUCAGCGAUGGUAGUGAUGAAGAGGAUUCGGCUUCAGAAGAUGAAGAAGAAGGAUGGCUUGUCGAUGAUGACGAGGUCGAUGAGGUGCCGAGCGAUGCUAUGGACGAAUCUGGUGAUACCUCUUUCAAGCGCAAGGCCAAAUCCUCCAACGAAAAGGACGGUAAACGACGAAAAGUGGAGAAACUUACCCCCUUCCAAAAAGGACCUUGUUGGGAGGAAGAAAUUGGUGAAUGCUCAUAUGAGCCCUUUAACCUGUAUCGCAUACAACUUCUCAACGAUUGUCCAUAUCCUGUGGAUCCCUUCACAUUCAUUCCUGCCAAGCUUGAAGAAUCAGCGGCUGUGAAAGCGGCUGAUAGUUCAACUGCCACACAAACGGGAACGUUCGCAGUUCCUGUGGUUCCAGGCACGGACAACACGAGUGCACCCCAAGUACUGGGUACCUCAAACCGGGUUCCUUCUAUGACAAAAAAGCAAAUCGAUCCCAACAGUAUUAAGAAUCCCUUCCCUGAGAUUUAUCUGGCCGAACUCUAUGGUUUGAUUGAAGGAAGCGAGAAAACACUCAAGGGGCUUGUCGAGGACCUUUACCUUGCUCUCAAGAAAUACCCUGGCGUCAAAAAAUACGCGAUUGAGGCUAAGUUGAGAGAGGUUGCGGACAAGGGUCGCUCGACUGACACGCCUGCGAAGAGAUGGCGAGUUUCGGAUGAGGCAUGGGCCGCUGUUGGUGCGACCCGCCCUGGUCAGACUUGA